AUCUAAUCCACCAAUGACUCUCCCAAAUUUUAGUUAUGAAAAACAUUUAUUGGGACAAAGUCGUAUUCACCUAAACUCAGUAGGAGAAUAUAUUAAAAAUGUUACUAGAGGAAUAUGUCAAGCGUUGAUGUAG